CUUGAUGUUGAAGGUUAAAAAAUUAGAAGAACUUGGUAUCGGCCGGCCAUCUACAUAUGCAUCUAUAAUGAAAGUCUUGCAGGAUCGGAACUAUAUGACUGUAAAGAAUCGAGUGUUGUUUCCUGAAUUCCGUGGUCGCAUGGUGUCAAUAUUUCUUUCUCAUCAUUUCGCUGAAGUUGCUGAUUAUAGCUUCACUGCAGAUAUGGAGAAUGAGCUAGAUAAUGUAUCUGGCGGAGUGACUGAAUGGAAAGGCCUUUUGAAAGAUUAUUGGUCAAGAUUUAGCAAGUACUGUGAUCUUGCCACUAGUACUGAUAUUCGACAGGUAGAGAAGAUGUUAGAGGAGAAAUUUGGCCAUAUAUUAUUUGCCUCGCUUCCUGACCAAAACAGGGUGUGCCCAAGUUGUUCACGAGGAACCUUGAAAUUUAAAGUCAGUAGGUUUGGUGCUGGGUAUUUUAUUGGAUGUGAUCAACAUCCUAGUUGCAAGCAUAUCUCAAGUACUGUUUUUCCUGAUGAGGAUGAAAGCCAUGCUUCUGACAACCCGGAUAAAUCAUUUCCACCGAAGCUGUUAGGCUAUUGUCCUGAUUCAAACAAUAAGGUUUUACUGAAGAAUGGUCCUUAUGGAUUUUAUGUGCAACUGGGAGAUGAUACGCAUGGGUACACACCAAAAAGGGCUUCUGUUGCUGAGGUGAAAGAUGUGGAUUCAAUUACUCUGGAAUUUGCUCUUGAUCUUCUGCAAUAUCCUCUGACACUGGGAAAACACCCAGAAGAUAAACACCCUGUGAUACUAUCACAUUCAAAAUUUGGAUUCUCAGUUAAACAUCGACGCACCAUUGCUCCAGUUCCAAAGAGUGUCAAUCCUAAAAGCAUCACACUGCAAACCGGAUUGAAACUUUUGUCAGGUAAAAAUGUACGGAGAUCUGGUCGUCCCAAAAGAAAACCGAAUACUGAAGAAAGUUUGUUCGAUUAAGGGAGUACGAGGGAAGAUCAAUCAUGCACUCCCCCCCGGGGGUACUUUGAAAAGUAGCAAUAAGGAUACACCAAGAGUUUAUAAAGAAUUUUACCUGCAUUCAUGCUUACUAUUUAACCUUGUUGUGAGGUCGUGUAACUCCAAAUUUUGUCAUAAUUAUUAUUGAUGCAUUGUAUUAUUUGUUAGAGCUUAAGACGCAACAUUCUUUUACACUGUCAAAUUUUGACCUCAA